AUGGGAAAGAUCCGGGACGCAUCCGCCCCGACCAGAUAUGCGUAUACCGGUUUGACGACGAGCUCUUCACACGGCGUACCAUGCUCGGAAACAAUACCUACCGCGGCCGAUCCCGAGGGUCGAUUCCAGUACCAUGCCGAGAGGCUCACGGCUGCGGCCAUCACACAGACCUACAACUACAUGAUCGUGGGGGGUCUCGAGUACGGGUUACUGACUACCGGCCACCAUGCUUGCACCGCA